AUGUGGCAUUGUGCAGGUCAUGUGGCGGGGUCCAUGUGGCUGGCAGGGGUCGCGUGGCUGGCAGGGUCGUUGAUCGGCGAUCAGAGGUCAACGUCAGUGGCGGAGGGCAGAGCUGACCAGGGAGGAGGCCAGCGACAGAGGCCCGAUGAGGAAGCGGCCUGGAGGAGGCUAGCGGCAAAGGCGUCGGUAGUCAAAGUUGCGGCACGGGCGACGACCGGGAGGGUCGUCGGCAAGCGGCGGGAGAUCGGUCGGGAGGGAACAUGGCAUCAGAAGACAAACGCCGGAGGAACUCAAGGGUCACCAAUGUUAGGCGAUGGAGAGGGAUCUGAUGCAUCCAAGGAGGAUUCAGAUGAUCAGGAUGACGACACAGAGGAGCAAGAGGCAGGUCGAGACGGAGGCAAUCCUGAUACCAAAGAGGGAGAUCGAGAUGGAAAUGAUGAUGAGGACGAGGAGGACGAGGACGAGGAGGAUGAGGACGAGUUAGGUGCAGUUCAUCACUCCAGAGAGGAUACAAAAUCCAUAGAUCCAUCGAGUCUCCCACGAUGA